UCCACGCCACACAUAUAAGCUACAGAUGGGAAGAAGGGAGAAAAAAUCAAAAUCCGAAUAGACCCGCCAGCCUUCCGCUGUCGAUCGAACUUCUUUACGAUCUACUUUGGAAUCAACUCAGAUACUGGAUCUUACUUCUCCGAGUCGAUUAGCCAGUCCGCCUCUUGCAGGAGUUGUUCAAUCAUAUUUUCUUGCUCCGAGAUGGGGAAGAAUCAGGCUUACAAAGCUAUGCAGAGGUCGAGGCUAUCGGAUGCGGCUGGGCCGGAGGAGUUCGAGGACGGAAGGGUUGAUGGUACAUUUCAUUCACCAGAGUGGCAUGCUGCUCGUUUGGCCAGCCUUAAUACAUCCCACACAAUAACAUGGGAAGAAUACAAGAAAAAACAGAAGGAAGAUGAACUCAAGAAGGGUGAAAUGGAGGCAGACAAGGAUAGAAUGAUGCGAGAUUACAGGGCACAGCUGGAUGCAGAUAGAGCUCGUAAGCUUGCUGCUGGGAGGAACCAUUCAGACAUCAAGUUGCAUAGAAAAAAAGCAAAGAAAGACAAGGAUUUGAAGAAACGGAAUAGCAAGAAAAGAAAGCAUAAGAAGAGGUCAUCCGAUUCAAGUUCUUGCAGUUCAUCUUCAGAAUCCUCCUCAAGCAGUGACGAUGACAAUAAAGAGUCGAAGAGGUCCAGGUCCAAGUCAAGAUCCAAGAGUACAAGGAAAGAGAAACGGCACCGAUCCAAGUCCUCCAAACACCAUUGCAGCGACAGUGAAGGAAGUGGUGGCGGUCCGGUACCUCUUUCCAGGUUUUUCGAUAAUAUGAAGAGCUAAGAAUUUCCUUCCUGUACUCACAAGUUCUGCUUCCAAAUUUACAUGUUGUUAGAGAUGUCAAAAAGGAGAAAGAUCAUGUAUAAUUAUUCUUAUUUAACAUUUAUGCCAUUAGAUCAUGACUAGAAGAAAAUCAUUUUAUUUGCAUUCAAUGAGAAAAAUAAAUGAUUUCGUCA